AUGGCUGCCACUCUCCCAGCACCACAAGGCACCAUGGCACCACUCUCCCAGCAAACAAGGCACCAUGGCUGCCACUUCCCAGCAGCAAGCGCAAUGGCCGCCACUUCCCAGCACCACAAGGCACCAUGGCUGCCACUUUCCAGCACCACAAGGCACCAUGGCCGCCACUUUCCCAGCACCACAAGGCACCAUGGCCGCCACUCUGCACCACAAGGCACCAUGGUCGCCACUUCCCAGCACCACAAGGCACCAUGGCCACCACUUUCCAGCACACGAGAGCACCAUGGCCGCCACUCUCCCAUCACCACAGAGGCACCAUGGCCGCCACUCUCCCAGCACCACAAGGCACCUGGCCUGCCACUCUCCCAGCACCACAAGGCACCAUGGCCGCCACUUUCCAGCACCACAAGGCACCAUGGUCGCCAUUUCCCAGCACCACAAGGCACCAUUGCCGCCACUUCCCAGCAAAGGCACCAUGGCCGCACUCUGCCAGCACCACAAACCAUGGCCACCUCCGCACCACAAGGCACCAUGGCCACUCCAGCACCACAAGGCACCAUGGCUGCCACUUCCAGCACACAAGGCACCAUGGCUGCCACUCUCCCAGCACCACAAG